UGAACUCGGUUUCGUUUUCUCCCUCUUGACGAUUUGAAAUCAGUUUCACUUUCCUCUUCCCUUUCAUAAAAGGAGAAUGCAUCUGCUGAUGGAUGCAUUACCCCACCUUUCCCUCUUAUAUAGUUCCUUCAGCACUUACGUGAGGCAGACCAGGACGAUUUCGGAAGAGCAAAUCAUCCGGCUCCUCAGCUUUUCGGAACAGCAGAGAAGCAGCUUGCAGUCAUGAGUAAGAAUGCUGAAGAUCGUCAGGUCAAGGAUAGCCUGGCUCAAUUGAGAUGUCACUUUACAUGGAAGUUUCUAAUUGAAAACUCUGAAAUACCUGAUUUAGAAAACAGGGUCUUGGAUGAGAUUGAGUUCCUAGACACCAAGUACAAUGUGGGAAUACACAACAUGCUGGCCUAUGUGAAGCACCUGAAAGGCCAGAAUGAGAAAGCCUUGGAGAGCUUGAAAGAAGCCGAAGACUUAAUCCAGCGAGAUCAUGCCAACCAAUCGGACAUGAGAAGCCUGGUGACCUGGGGCAACUAUGCCUGGGUGUGCUACCACCUGGGAAGACUGGCAGAAGCCCAGACAUACCUGGACAAGGUGGAGAGCACUUGUGAGAAGUUGGCAAGUCCCUUCCGCUAUAGAAUGGAGUGUCCUGAGAUGGACUGUGAGGAAGGAUGGGCCUUGCUGAAGUGUGGAGGACAGAAUUAUGAACGGGCCAAGGCCUGCUUUGAAAAAGCUCUGGAAGCAGACCCUGAAAACGCUGAAUUCAGCAUCGGGUAUGCAAUUACCACCUAUCAUCUGGAUGGCUUUAAUGCAGCAAAAAAACGCACGGAGGGGUUUUCUUUGCACCCCCUAAGGCAGGCCAUCAGGCUAAAUCCAGAAGAUGCAUAUAUUAAGGUUCUCCUUGCACUGAAGCUUCAGGAAGUAGGACAAGAAGCUGAAGGAGAAAAGUACAUUGAGGAAGCUCUGACCAACAAGUCCUCACAGACUUAUGUCUUUCGAUAUGCAGCCAAGUUUUACCGAAAAAAAGGCUCUCUGGAUAAAGCUCUGCAGCUCUUAAAAACGGCCUUGCAGGCAACACCUGACUCCGUCUUCCUGCAUCACCAGAUAGGGUGUUGCUACAGACAACAAAUGAUCGAAAUGAAGGAAGCUGCAAAGUUGCAGCCUAGCAGAGAGGAUGAAGAAAAUGCAGACAGAAUGAUGAGAUUAGCCAUAUAUCAUUUUGAACUUGCUAUACAGAAAAAGCCCACAUUUACAAUAGCGUAUAUGGAUUUAGCCAACAUGUAUAGAGAGCAAGGUGAACAUCAAAAGGUUGAGGACACGUACCAGAAAGCACUCACCCUACAUGAUGGUGAUAAGAGCCGAUUGCAGGAGGUCCAUUAUCGUUAUGGCUGCUUUCUGCAAUGUCACAAGCAAUCUGAAAAUGAUGCAAUUACCUACUAUUUAAAAGCACUAUACAUAGAACCACAGUCAAAUGCUAGACAAAAAAUUCUCAGUGCUUUAGAGAACUUGGUUAACUGGCGAGUUGAUCAGAAUAAAACUGAUGUGGAGAGUUUAAAUCUGCUUGCGCUCGUGCACAGAUUGAAAGAGGGAAGAGAGUGAAGCUCUGAUGUCCUAGGAGAGACCCUGCACCUGGAUGCUGGCCUGAGGCCUGUCUUUAGAAAUAUUAAAUGUUAACAUAUCUAAAUCUACCAUCAUACAAAUCUUUCCUCAUUAGUGUCUUCAAGAAGGUGUGACAGGAAAGAUCACACAAUAGUUGGGUGGCACAUUGCACUGUCGCCUCAACUCCCACUUUUUGGCCAAUGGACAGCAUCCUUCUGAAGGGGAGAAAAACACAAAUAAUUUCUUUACUCAACCUUCAUAAAUUCUUAGCUGGAACACCUCUCUAAAAAAGAGAUUUAUAACAAGAGAAAAGAAGAAUUUUUAUUUUUAAUGCAUUCUUUAACCAUCAGGCAGGAGAGGCUCAGUUCAAAAUCUCUCUCUCUCAUGCCAGUGGCUUGGGACUCUGUCUUAGUAUUAACAAAUAGCCAUAGCUCUUAGAAGUGACACUACACACACACACACGCACGCACGCAUGCACGCACACACACAGAGGAGUUUUGGGCUUCCAUAAGGCAGCAGGAAAAUGAAGAAAAAUAAGUUAUAUGAGAAGAGUAAAGUUUACUCAUAGAUUCUCCUAGACCAGCUGGCACCAGACUCUGAGCUGAUAAGAGCUCAGCCUUAUGAGAAUAAUAUGUGUGCUGAGCCGUGUUCUUUUUAGCCCAUCUAAGUUAGGAUGCUAGACUGCAGUUGCAACCCUCUGAACUCCCUUUGGUGGACAACUCCUCCUGAAGUCCCAUGUGCUUGGGAGAAAUCUGAAAAAUACCCAUAUGCUUUGAGACAUCAGGCUAUGCAUUAUCUUACACCUAGCUUGGGGGAGGAAAUUCUCUCUAAAAUGUAUACAGAUGCUUCCAGGUGAAUUAAAACUUUAUUUGAAAAAAUAAACUGAGAAUCAUUGGAUUGAGAAUCAUCAGUCUAGACAAAGCCUCUUAUUUAACCCUUGAAGAACUGAGGCUCAUGUACAUCAAUGGUCUUAUUAACAUCAACCGGUUAGUAUGUCAGUUACAGAACUUAUCCUGGAAUCUGGUUCAAGUAGGAACCUGUUCAGCGAGAAUACAUUUCCUUGUCCAGUUUCCAUUGUUUUUUCGUACUAAUAAACUUAUACACAUUUGGUCAGCU